CAUUAAUUUUACCACAUCAAAUUUUAACAAAAACUUUAUAUUUUGAUUUUGUAAUUAUUUUAAAUAUGUAUAAAGAUUACUACAUUUUCUCCAGAUGUGAAUUUUAGAAAUAAAUAUGAUAGAAACAAAUGAGAAAGUUAACGCCGUGACAGAUGAUCUGGCUGCAAGAAGGGAAGCAAGGCGAAGAAAAAUUUUAGAAAACUCACAAACUAGAUUAAAUAAAAUUUUAGGCGUCACUGGAAAAAAUACUUUAGAUAAUUCUGUACCAGAACAAAAUUUGGUUUAUGAAUCUGUAUUUGGAAUUCCUCAAUCUUAUGAAACAAGACCUUUGCCAACUAGGACAACAACAAAUGAUGUACCAGAAGAAUCUUUAUUAGAUAGUUUAUGCUCUGAUUCCGAUAAUGUACCUGAUCGUCCUAUAACCGCAUUUGAAAAAUUCUUAGCAACUAAAGUGCACAUUUUAUUGCUGUCGAUCUUAACUUACAUGUCAAUAUAUUCUGAAAUACUUAUAAUUCCUGUUUUCAUUCCUUUUAUAUUAAGUGAAAUAUCAGAAGUUAUACUUUUUCAUAGACAAACAGAAAAACCGGGUCUUUUAUAUUUAUUAUUUCUAAAUAAAGUAUCUAAAACAAAAAUUAAUACCAUAGUAAAUGUAUUUCAUAUUAUUAACAAAAUAUGUAACGACUUUGCUAUAUAUAUGUUGACAUUUAUCCUAAUGCAUGCUUUCAUUUCAUUAUUUGAUGAUACAUGACAUAAAAAUU